CAAGACAAAAAUACUGAUUAAGAAAAUUAUCUUUUCAGGCCAAAAUUACAGAAAAAUCCUGAAGUGUUCCUGAAGUUUCAAAUAAUGCUGAAAAUUGUAGGGUUAGGUAAUAAUUAGCUUUAUUUAAGAACAACAUAAGUCAGUAAUAAGUCCCUGUUUUGAUCAAGGUUAAAUGUGUGUGUCAUCGAUGGGUUGGUUUGUACUGAAAACACGGUUUUAAAAUCAGUAUGAAUGCCAUGAUUUUUUAUUAUGAUAUUAUCAUAGCUAGUCCACUAAAUGCUUUUUUCUUUUUUUAUCCUGUCUUUCAGUAAUGAAAAGGCAGAUAUCUGAGCUUCUGCUGAGCUUUGUAUUCACACUGUAGGAUCUGUUUAUGUCACUUAACAAGCCUGUCUUGCAAGGACUGAUGCUUUCAUGUGCUGGUGUUUAGAAAAUGGAUGUCUCUCCAAAGUCAGGAGCGACUCUGAUUGUGUGCCACAUCUGCCCAAUUUAUAGCCAGUCUGUUGGGUGGCAACUAUAUAACUCUGUACAGGCACCCAGACGGCCACAUACUCCGAAUCUUACCCAUAGUAUAUCCUUACCUGAGAGGGGAGAUCUCCCCAGGGAAGCACUCGACUAUUGCAGUCUAAGCCACAACUGCAUGUCAAGUUCUACAAAAACAGCAGACAGAAAUUCCAGAGGAUAUGAGUCAUUCCCAAAUCUCCAACGCUUCUUUAGUUUGUCAGAGAACACACCAUUAACCAGUCCUCAAAGAAUAAAAGAGCCGUCGCACUGCAGAGGUACUCCCAGAUGGCAAAACAUUUUCAUUCCUGAAUCUGAGCUGAUUGAGGAUGAGGAAGAUGAAGAUUCAGAUGGAGACAACUUGCACAAGUACCAUGAGGGGUCAUCCUUACAACUACAAGGAAAGUUCAAUUUGGCGCAAAAUAUGGCCACAGGAUACUCUACCGAAUUUUCUGAACCUUUUACCAUCAAAUCCAAGACUGGUGGUUCUUUGUUCAGCCAGAAGAUUUUAAGCUGUGACAUGAUCCCUUUUAGCAAAGCCAAAGAACAUAAAGAACAAGGAAGCAAAUCAGAUUCAUGUUGUCAGGAUCGUAGGGAUAGCAAAGGAACCCUUAUAUUAAUGGAUUGUGAUGAGCAAGAUUGGGGUGAUGAAGACUAUAGCAAGCAUACUCUUGAGGAACCUGAUAAUAGGUGUGCUCAAACUGAAAACCUCUUGGAUUGUGAAUUUUUUGCUCAAAACCCAACAGACUAUUUCACUGACUCUUCCUGUAACAGCUCUGAUGGAGUAUUGGUUAAUUUCAGUGCCAUCUACAACAAAACCAACAAUGCGGUUCCUGCAACUCCACUUAACCUAGAUAGUCCUGUUCAUGAAUCAGGUACAAUGUCACAAGAUGAUUCCAACCCUAUACACAGCUGGUCAUCUCACAACGUUGAUCCAAACUGCAACAUCUAUCCACUUGACUCUGAUGGCUUUUCAUCAAUGGAAAAUGCAGACCUCACCAUGUGUCUGCAGAGUCAGGCACGGCUGACAGGUUCCACCCAGAAUUACUAUAAACUGGUUACGUGUGACCUAUCAUCCCAGUCUUCACCCAGCCCAGCUUGGUCCUCUUUAACCAGUUUCUCUGAGACUCACAGCCAGGGAAGCUGUUCUCCACACUCUGAAUAUUUCCUCUUCGGACAGUCAGAGGGAGAGGAAAAGGAGAGGCCAAAGGUUGACCAAUGUGAACAUCAGGGUGAUGGGCACAUUGAGGUGAAGAACACUAGACGAGCAACCAGAGAGCAAUCUAAGGGAACAAAAGAGAGAAUGGCAUAUGCAAAAACACAUUACUCUGCUACAAGAGUCUCAGAACAUGAUAGCUGUAAUUACAUCAAGACUCCUCAGUCUCAAAGCUGGAUUGACAGCCAGAAAUGCUCUUACUUAUCAAAGCAGGGAGCCCUACAAAAGAGCUGUCCCAGCCAUUUAGACACAGACUUAGCUUCACCUAUAUACAGGCAACAUGCCACCUCAUUUGCAGAAAUUGCCCAACGUAAGAAGGUAAAUGGAGAUUCAUCCUCUGUGAAAAACAGCACAGAGGGUCCUUCGGGCUCACACUUCAUCCAGAAAGAGGAUGCUUCAGACCAAAACACUGUGUCUUUCAACCCUAAACACAAUAAAAAGAUGACAGAAUAUUCCCUGAGUGAUGACAGUGGUAAUCAAUCCAAUCCAGAGGGUGCUUGUGCUUCAUCAAUAGAGGUUGUGCGCUACACAAAAGCACAAAGGCCCGCCUCUCUCCCCAUCCAACCUUUUGUACUCCAAGUACCCUCAGGCAAACAACAGAGCAAGGCACUUGGAUCCCUUCUUAAUCAGUACAUUAGCAACAAGUACAGCAAGCCUGGUCCAUCCAAAGCUACUUGCAAAAGCAAGGGACAUUCACACCAUAUGCCACCCUCACCUCUUGGGAGUUUCUCUUCAAUCCACCUGGCAGCCACCAGCUCAGACUCUUGUUCCACAUGCACAUCAAGUCCAAUUUUGCCCCACGGUCACCCUCAAUGUACCCAAACCAGCACACUGUUGGGGCAAAUUCACCAAAACCUAGAGUUGAUGAACAGAAGUCCACAUAUGAGCCCAGUGAGAGCAAGAAGUCUUGAAAGCAUAGAGCACACAGAGGAGAGUCCAAAGGCCUGCGCAAGGCACACAAACCCAAAUCAAAAAUAUAAUUGGACUGGAAAAAAACAAGCUUCUCCUCUGUAUAAUCUUCCAGACCAGGUGCCCCUUGUUCAGAUUACACCAGCUAUCAGAAAAGAGCUGUUGGCUACGGUCCCUCAGUAUGCCUCAGACCCUUCCCAUCAAGAUUCCUCCCCUGCCAUUUCCUCUGUUACCUCCUUGACUUCUAUCACUUCUCUCAUCUCUUUACCCAGCACUGAACAAAGAUCCUUGUGGCCUUUUGAAGGUGCUUCACAGGUCUGCACCAAGGAAGAACUCGACACCAACGUCCACCAUUUCUUUGGGCCAAAGAGGUCACCUUGUGUUAUGAGGGAAUGUCAUCAUGUUGACUCCUCCUCCAUGGCUGAUAGACCCCAUGAAUUGUUCUGGCUUUCUCCAGAAGCCACUUCAGAAGUUCUCUCACUUGAUCUUCUGCACAAGAGAAGAAUGUUGAAAGGUGUGAGUUUGGCAGUGGAUCUGAUAAUAGCGCAUUUUCGCUCAAGACGAGAUCCAGAAGUAAAGAUCAGACUUGAGAACAGUUCACUGUGCACCAGUAUCAGCCAACUCGUCCUCAAACAGCUCUGCCCCGCAAUCCAGAACAUUCUUCAAGAUGGUCUGAAAGCCUAUAAAUUGGACCUGAUCAUUGGACAGCAUCGCAACAAACUAUGGAAUGUCAUAGAGGCCACCGCCCGACCAGGCUCAUCUACCCGAAUGCCUGACAGCUUAUUAUCUGUGGUAAAGAAAUGUUCCCAAUUAUCAAGUAACAGCAUGAGGCUCAAUGUCUUCAUCAUGGAUCUGCUAAACUUGCGAGCUCUGGAAUUCUGGAUACGUCAUUUAUACACUUGUGUAGAUGCUGUGAUGGAACACUAUCACCAAUGGGGUUUCCUGGCUCUGGCCCAGGGGCCAACGUACAGGCCAUUGUUCCAGGAGCUGCUCCUCUUGUUGCAGCCACUCUCCUUGGUGCCAUUUGAUCUCCAUCUGCCAUCUGAACCUCACCUUCAAGGUAAGCAGAAGCAAAAACAGAGAGUACCCUUGCCCCAUCUGCUUCUUUCCCAGUCAGCUCAGAUCCUUCAGAUGAGCUUGAUCCAGAAGAACCACAAGAGCCCUUUAGGUCAGGGUGACAUUUCCAGUAAAAGAGUCACCGAUGGGCAUUGGCUCAAUCAGACACCCACCACAGAUUGUGGAAUAGCGGUCAGCUGUUCUGAGAGUACACUUAGGGAAGAGGAAGAAGACACCAGAAUGGAAAAUAGUCAGAUGCCAGGAUCUUCACCAAGACCUCAGGAAGAUAAAUCCUUAGGUGAGCUGCAUUGGGCCAGGCUCUUUGGCUCUGAAGUUGGAAUCGUAGUUGGGUCAGAGAGGGCCCAAAAGAACUUAAGUGGAACUCUGAGAAGUAGGCGGCCCUCAGAAUGGCUCAAGCUUGGUGUAUCAAAAGUGGAUCUACUUGCACAGUCAGUGUGGACAGGAAAAUGGCCAGAGACUCUUCUCAGUGGGAACCAUGACAAAGGCACAGCAAAUGAAGAGCAUAUAUUGAAUCUAAAAAGCCUGUAAGGAUUCUGAUUUCAGAAAGAAUUUGUAGAAGCACAGUUAAUCCAUAAUAACAAAAAAGCACCUGAAUAAUAUUUAAAGAUUAAUGUAUACUUGCAUAGUGAACUGACACACCCUGUACAAUCCAUUGAAAGUGCACCAUCUCUGUUUUUGGAUGCUAUAUACUGUAGAAUGGUGCCUUGAAAUUAUUUCCUAAUCAAGAUAAUUUUUUUAAGAUAUGUUGGAAUAUUCACUAACUUUAAGCCAUAAUGUGAUGAUAAAGGUUUUUAGAUUAAAUUUAUAACACUUAAUCAAGUCAUAGUAUCUAGAGUAUAUGAUGUGGAUGGACAUUUUCUGCCAGCACUCAAGCACAAAAAUGGAACUGAGGUCCCCAGAAGUCUUUUCCAACCAAUCACCGCACUUUACCUGUGUCUCAGGUUAUUAGCUGUCAGUGUACUGUAAAUACUUUUUACUGUUGUUGAACUUCAGUGGGUUUAUAAAAAGCACAUAUCCUAAUGGCCUGUUUCCAUUAUUUAGGUAUUACUCUGCAUGAUUGCAUAAAUUACUCAUGACAAACAAAUUGUUGUUUUUUCUAUUACGUACAGUAUUUAGUGAAUUAGAAUUGCCGAAUUUAUUGUAUUUUUGCACAAUGACAUCUAUUAAAUAUACACCAAUCAGCCA